GACCGCUGGUGCCACGAGAUCGACAUCAUGAAGAAGUUGAACCAUCCCAAUGUAGUAAGAGCCUGUGAAGUUCCCGAGGAGAUGAACUUUCUGGUUAAUGACGUUCCUCUUCUGGCAAUGGAAUAUUGUUCAGGGGGUGACCUCCGGAAGUUGAUAAACAAACCGGAAAAUUGCUGUGGACUUAAGGAAAGCCAAAUACUUUCUCUGCUUAGUGACAUUGGGUCUGGUAUUCAGUAUUUGCAUGAAAACAGAAUUAUACACAGAGAUUUAAAGCCUGAAAAUAUUGUUCUUCAGGAUGAAGGUGGGAAGAUUGUUCACAAAAUAAUAGACCUGGGGUAUGCAAAGGACCUGGAUCAAGGAAGCUUAUGUACUUCAUUUGUUGGAACAUUACAGUAUUUGGCUCCAGAACUCUUUGAGAAUAAAUCCUACUCAGUUACUGUUGAUUACUGGAGCUUUGGAACGAUGGUAUUUGAAUGCAUUGCAGGAUUUAGACCUUUCUUACAUAAUCUACAGCCAUUUACCUGGCAUGAAAAAAUCAAGAAGAAGGAUUCAAAGCACAUCUUUGCUUCUGAAGAGAUGAAUGGAGAGGUUCGCUUUAGUACCCAUUUGCCACAGCCUCACAGCCUCUGUGGUUUAAUUGUAGAACCGAUGGAAAAUUGGUUGCAACUGAUGCUGAAUUGGGAUCCACAACAGAGGGGUGGAGGUUUAGAUCCUGACACCAGUCGUCCAAAAUGCUUCCUAAUAAUGGAUCAAAUACUGAAUUUGAAGAUAGUACACAUCCUAAAUAUGACCUCUGCCAAAAUUGUUUCAUUUCUUCUGCAACCCGAGGAGAGCCUUCAUUCCCUUCAGAAUCGGAUUGAGACUGAAGCUGGAAUAAGUACUGGAAAUCAGGAACUGCUAUUGGAAACAGGGAUUUGCUUGGACCCUCGGAAACCUGCUUCCCAGUGUGUUAUUGAUGGCGUAAGAGGCUGGGAUAGCUACAUGGUCUAUUUGUUUGAUAAAAGCAAAACUGUCUAUGAUGGACCCUUUGCUUCUCGGAGUCUAUCUGACUGUGUGAAUUACAUUGUACAAGACAGUAAAAUCCAACUGCCGGUUCCUCAGCUGCGCAAGGUGUGGGCAGAAGCAGUUCACUACGUGAUUGGGCUAAAAGAAGAUUAUAGCAGGCUUUUCCAGGGCCAGAGAGCUGCCAUGCUCAGUCUUCUUCGGUAUAAUGCCAACCUAAUAAAAAUGAAAAACAAUAUGGUGUCAGCAUCUCAGCAACUGAAAGCAAAGCUGGAAUUCUUUCGUCAAAGCAUUCGCCUCGACCUGGAGAGAUACAGUGACCAGAUGGCUUAUGGCAUAUCUUCAGAAAAGAUGCUCAAAGCAUGGAAGGAGAUGGAAGAGAAGGCCUCUCAGUGUGCACAGGCUGAAGAUAUUGGAUAUCUGGAUGAGCAGAUCAUGGCUCUGCACACAGAGAUUGUAGAGCUUCAGAAGAGUCCAUAUGCAAGGCGCCAAGGAGAGGUCAUGGAGAGCUUGGAACAGAGAGCCAUAGACCUGUACAAGCAAUUGAAAACAAGACCUCCAGAUCACGCCUACAGUGACAGCACAGACAUGGUGAAGAUCAUUGUGCAGACAGUACAGAGUCAAGACCGAGUUCUCAAGGAGCUCUUUGGCCAUCUCAGCAAGCUCUUGGGCUGUAAGCAGAAGAUCAUUGACUUGCUCCCGAAGAUUGAAGUGGCUCUAAACAACAUUAAGGAAGCUGACAAUUCAGUGAUGCAGAUGCAGGGCAAAAGACAAAGGGAGAUAUGGCAUUUGCUGAAAAUUGCUUGCACUCAGAGCUCUUCUCGAUCGCUGGUAAGCUCCAGCCUGGAAGGGACAGCCUCGACUCCGGCAGCCACAUGGCUCCCACAGAGCUCCUCAGGGAACGUACCUCAUCAUCUGUCAUCUAUGGCAACUCUUGAAGAUGGGUAAGAGCUUGU